UAUAAUGCCAUUAUCGAGUACAAAUCGUCGUAUUAUUCGUUUCUUUUGCCAGUAACCGCAGCGAUGCAUUUAGCCGGAAUAAAGGAUCCAGAGAUGUUCAGGCAAUCAAAAAUCAUCUUGUUAGAGAUGGAGCGUUUGUUUCAAGUCCAAGACGAUUAUUUCGGUUGCUUUGGAGAUCCCACAUGCAUUUCUCGCAUUUCUUCAGCUCUUGCUCGGAAAAAUUCCAUUGGAUCGCAAUUACGAAAAUAGCCGCGGUUAAUGGUAGUUUCCAUAUUGCUCCGUGCAUCCAAGAUGCGCAAUCAACUAUAAUUACGUAAUCAGAAUUAAUUUUAUUUUGGAGUGCCCGCGUUUGUUGUUUUUUUUUUUACGACGAGUCCUGUGACUCUUAUCGAGACCGGAGAGAGAGAUUAGAUCGGAGAUUAGAUUAUAAGUCAGCUUGUUACGCUGCAACUUGUGUAACGCAAUCAAGUGACGUAUACAUAUAUAUACACAUAUAUAGAAAUAAUGCACAGUCUUGACGGUCAGGAAUU